CUCGGAAUGGAUGGGUCCGGUGGCGUCACAGGCUCACGCCAUACGAUAAUACUGCAGAAGUGGUCACUAAAUUGAAUAUCCAGUGUAUUUACAUGGGUAUGGGAGGACAGAAGAAAAAGUCCUCACUUCACGAAUUACAUCUACUUUAUUGUUAGAUGGUUUAGCUUCGACCGGCGUCGCCACUGAGUUCAAAACUAGCGAGAUUGUGUUUCUAGUCUCGGACUGGAUACCAAGGGUUUUAGGAGUGUGAGAUUUUAAUGGGAUUCAACACUUUACAGCAAUAUCUUAUUGUGACUACAUGGGAUACGAUAUGUCUGUCACUCUAGCACAUUUUGCACUACAAUUUAAUACGGUUAUGUUCUUGGUGCCGCGGGCUCCCGACUAUAUUACCCCAAUGGACGAACUCAGAGUUCCGGACCUGGAUGCAGAGGUGAAAGAGUACGACUUUACUGGAUUUGACCGAUUGGCAAGGUUGUUAAAUAAGUCACCGGAACAGGUACAACAGUUGAAGGACGGGUUCAAAAAGGUACGAUUCGAUUCUAACAACACGAAAAUGAUCAAGUACGUUGAUGCUAAGCUACAGCUGAAGGAAGGAGCGCAGCCAUCCCGACAAAUAUCUUUUAGAUCCGGUAUUUAAGGAAAUAGAGCUUCUUAAAGUAGCGCAACUUCAGAAAGCCGAGCCUGGUGAUAAAUACAGCCGAAGGGUUAGCUCAGUAGAAACGGUAGUGAAAGAUAAGAGCAAGGUGCCACAAUCGAAAGACGACUACCGCAUUACAAUCAAUUAUGUCCAGGUCAACGAAGAAACCGUCCGUAUAGCGUUCCAACUACCAAUGGAAACCGAGCUAACGGAGCAUUGUACUAAUGCAGUGAUCAUGACAGUUUGUGAUAUGGCUGGGUCGUACCACCAGCUCCACCUCGAUGAAGAGUCACGAGGCAUACUCACCUAUGUCACUGCUGACGGGGAU